AUGGUCUCGAUCUCCUGUCGUAGUGCCACGUCCUUCGAUGAUCCUGGAACUCCAAGAAAGACACCAAUAAAAACUCCAGUAAAAACACCAUUGAAAGCACCUGCUCAUGAACGCUUCCAGUACCUUAUUGAAAAACCAUCAGAGGAGCUUGUAUUACCCUAUAAAUAUCGGUUUGUGAAGGAAGUUUUUCGUGCAGUUGACACAGUUGUAUCCCUUCUCCAUAAUAGACAGGAGGUCAUCACCUUUAGUAAACUGAAGUCAGCAGUGCAGGAAAUGCUGAGAAAGGCCUUUUCCGAGCGUCAUUUAGGGGAAAUUAAGACAGUGUUUCCUCUUGCUUACCUCUUUAAACAGGAUUCUACUAAGAAUAUUGGAAAAUCAUUUUUGAAAAAUGGCUCUAAUUCAGGGUAUCAACUGACAAUUAAUGCCAACAUGGACUAUAAACCUGCUGCACAGAAUCUGAUGAGCAAAUUUAACGAAAAUUGUGAAACUCGUACUACUAAAUUUCGAAAGAUGGACUCUGUUGUGUUGGUAGAAAGAAGGAACAUUUUUCACAAUUCUUUAAUUAAUAUUGUAAGAGAACAUCAUGGAGAAUUCUUAAAGUCAUUGGAUCCUCCAAUUGAUUGUAAUGCGAGUAUCAAGCGCUGGCAUCCUGCAUUCCCUCUUGAAGACGUUCCAGAUAUUGAACCUUCACCUCUGCCUCAACCACCUGUAACAGAGAAGCUUGACACAGCACAAGAUAUUCUGUCCAAAGCACAUGACUUGUUUUCGGUUAAUCCAAGGCUUGAGAAGGCUGUUGUUGAUGCAGCAGCAAGCACCCCCAAGAAAGCUCCAGAUGCAAAGCUACCUGAGCAGUCUACGCAACCUGCAAAUAUUGCUGCGGCUCUAAAAGGGGUAUCAGCCUCACUACUUGAAAAGAUCCGAGCUAGAGAAGCUGCAAAGGCUGCAAGAGAUAUGACAAGAUCUAGCAGUGAAAAUAAGGAACUGGAAAUGCUGUCACGACUGCCAGAAAUUUCAAGAAUUAUACGUAAUAUUUUUGUCACAGAAAAGAAGGCUGCGCUUCCAUGGGAAACUGUUGCUGUUAAGAUAGCGGCAAGCUACCCAUCAAUGCUAGCAGGGAAUGAAGUUGAUUCACAUCUUAAUCUUCUGAUAAAGGAAGUUCCAGGGUGGUGCACAGUUCAUAAGGUUCGGAGUGGCCUAUUCAUCAAGAUUGAUAAGAAUGAACCCCAGAGUAACAUAACAGAUAAACUCCAGGCUGCCAUUAAGCAGAGACAGUAAAACUGUUUCUUAUCAAGCCUCAGUGUGGCUGUGCAUUGUGUGAAGAAGAAAAUAAGUGUUUAGCUUUUAUGUAUCAAGCCAGUGUUCUGGCUUGACUGUCAAAUAUCAGUUAAACUAUAAAGUGUAUUGUAUAUACUAUUUUUUCUACUGUUUUAAGGUUUUAGUGUAAUGUACUUUAUAUUGGUAUAUUGUUUUACACUGUUUAUAGGUAGUGCCUUAGGUGCUAUUUUGUUUUGUGUUACUUGUUUUAAGGACUCAUUUGGACAAAAAUCACAUGUACCAAAGAAUAUUAACUUUUAUACUUUAUAAGUGUGUAUUUUCUAUGGAACAGAUUCUAGCUUACAUAUUUUUAUUGAAAGAUUUUAUGGAUUUUUUACUUAAUGAAGCCAAUAAUCAGUUUGUGGAUAUUUUUUCAAGGUUUGUUAGUGAUGCAUGAGACUUUGUACUAUUGCUAAGAUGCACUUUUGCAACUUACAGGUGACCAUGGCUAUCUUUUAACAUUUAUGUAGCAUGACAAAUAAAAGUUUGAAAUUCCAAUUAAUUAAGACUUGGCAUUUUAAUAGGCAGGCUCUAUGCCCCGUAAGUAAAAUUUAAACUAGCAUGUGGUGUAGCCAUAGUGAUAAAUGUGACUGAAGGAAAAUAAAGCAACCCACUACCUGCAUCUUUUCCUGAGGCAUAAUUUUCAUUUUGUCAUUUUGUAUGAUAUGGUAGCUAAUUCUUAAAUUUUGCAUUAAUAUGUUUUUACAAAAUUAACAAGGUAGGCUAUUUUUGCAAAGCAGUUUGUAUAGAUUUUCAAUUUUCCAUGGAAUUGCAUAUCAGUACCUAUUCUUGGUAUACUUACCUAAGAAUUUCUUGUAAUGAAACCAGUUGUAAACGUUCA